CUCCCCUUCGGUCCCGACGCGCGAAGACGUCGCCGUCGCUCGCGCGCUCUCCGUGCCGCUCGAGGCUGGCCCCGAAGUCGUGCCUGUGCCCGCCGCUGCUCAGCGACGUCAUUCUGGCUGAUCUGCCGGCGUGGGGACGCGAGUUCCAAGUAGAUUGCAGCUUUAUAGUGAGGGUUAUGUACCCUAUUGGUAGCGUCGAUAAGGUCCUUCUGUAGAUUUUCCUUUGGUUCGUCUUGAAGUCCUUAGCGAGCGUGAUUUAGCACAUGCGCUAAAAGCCUAACCGAAGGGUCGCGAAGUUAGUGGUUGUCAUCUUUUUAUUUAUUCCCUUUGCGUGAGCAAAUGGCGGUCAUGUAUAAACUGUUACCGCUGGCGAGCGUGUUCUGUUUGGGGAGAGCGGGGGUAUUUAUGCCAACUGUCAGCAACAACGUCUCACUUCUGAUGCCAGACGGCUCCCUGGUGCCCCUCUGGCCUGGUCAUCCUCCAGGCCCCCCCGUGGCGCAACGGUGGCCGCACUCGCCUUCCGCCGCGACGCCCCAUCGGCCUGUCUCGGUCCUCUCGUAUCCCUUCCUCGAUGGGUUCAAGGUUCGCGUCACCACCAAGGUCAGGGACGGGGACGACGACGACGACAGUCAUGAGGACGAGGAUUCGCGGGAGGCGGUGGCAGCGGCACCCGUAGGCGGCAAAAAGCCAGAGGUCACUCCUUUAUCCUCAUCCUCCAGCAAGCCCUGCUGCCAGGGGACUUCCGCCUCGGGGAGCUCGGCCCCCGGGGACAACCUCAACUCCCUGGACUUCUUCCCGGUUCAGAGGCUUCCGCGGCCGCCGCUGGUCGUGUGGCCCGAGUCCACCAGCCAGUUCAGACCUCUCAACGUGUCCGCCAAAGAGACGGGGAUACCCAACUCUCUCAACUACAAAAUUUAUUUCCAGAAUGAAGAUGGCCCCAUUUCGCCUUUCCACGACAUCCCGCUCUUCGCCAACGAGGGCAACAAGAUCUUCAACAUGGUGGUCGAGGUGCCGCGCUGGACCAACGCCAAGAUGGAGAUCUCCACCAAGGAAUACCUGAACCCCAUCAAGCAAGACGUCAAGAAGGGGAAACUCCGCUACGUCGCCAACUGCUUCCCGCACCACGGAUACAUCUGGAACUACGGCGCGCUGCCCCAGACAUGGGAGGACCCCAACCACGUUGACGAGGCUACUAGUUGUAAAGGUGAUAAUGACCCAAUUGAUGUGUGCGAGAUUGGAUACCGUGGCAAGAGAGGAGACGUCAUUCAAGUCAAGGUUUUAGGCACACUGGCUUUAAUUGACGAGGGAGAGACGGACUGGAAGCUCAUUGCUAUUGAUGUGAAUGACCCGCUGGCUCCCCAACUCAGUGACAUUUCUGAUGUCGAGAAGCACAUGCCAGGCUUCCUGAAGGCUACUGUGGAAUGGUUCAGGAUCUACAAAAUUCCUGAUGGGAAGCCAGAGAAUCAGUUUGCAUUCAAUGGAGAGGCUAAGGAUAGGGAAUUUGCCCACAAGAUUAUCCUCGAGACCCAUGAAGCCUGGAAGAACCUAAUAGAAGGCCAGUCAGAUGCUGGUGGCCUUGACAUUGGGUCUGUUAUGGUUCCCCAUGCUGCAAAGAAGCUUCCAGUGAGUGAAGCCCAAUCUACCAUUGAUAGUGCUCCAGAGGUUGGCCAGCCACAACCUGUGGAUCCUAAAAUUGAUACCUGGCACUAUGUUAGCCUGAAGUGACUUCCUUGGCCAUCGCGACUGUGAUAGUCCCUGGUGAUACUACAAGACAUCUUUAUUGUAUUCAGUUUCCUGUGACUUGUACAUUAUGAAAAAUAUACUUGGAAUUUUUAAUGCUCGAAUAACAUCCAAUGGAAGUGAUUUUCCAGUAUUACGAGAGUUGUAUUUUACUCCUCUCUGCUCUUUUGCAUAUUUAAGAGAGACGUCACAGGGAGUUGGUACUCUUUUGUAUCACUGGACGAACAAAUAUUUAUAUAUUUAAA